AAAUCCUCGGGCGGUAGCAGUCACCAGGUUGCCGAGGUGAUCGUCCACGAGAUGUACGUGACGAACUGGCACGGUGUCCCGGAGAACGACGUCGUCGUGAUGAGAGUGAAGAACCCGUUCAAGCUAGAUGCAACCCGUAAGCCCAUCAAGUUGUUCAAGCAGGGCGAGGAAUCCGUGCCUGGAAUCAGCGCCAUUAUCACGGGAUGGGGCGCGACCAGAGAAGGAUCCAGUACCACCGAGGUUUUGCAGACGGUCGCGGUCCCCAUCGUGUCGAAGGUCUCGUGCGACGAAGCGUACAAGUCUUACGGUGGAUUGCCGGCGGGACAGAUUUCCGCGGCGAUACCCGAGGGAGGUAAGGACGCCUGCCAAGGAGAUUCCGGCGGCCGUCUCGCCGGACUCGUGUCCUGGGGUUACGGCUGCGCCCGCAAGUGAUAUCCGGGCGUGUAUACCGAGGUUGCUGCCUUCAGCGAUUGGAUCACGUCCAAGACUGGAGUCAAGGCGUAA